CGUUUAAAGAGCUGAGGUAGUGUCGAGUACGAUUGGUGAUUAGAUGACAGACGUGUCGAUCAGCCAAUCCAGAUGACAGUUUGACACCGGCCCACCGAUCUCACUUUUCAAUAACAUUGGCCAAACGGGGGCGGGCCUUCGGAAGCUGCUGGCCAAUGGAAACUUCAGAUAGCGCGAGAGUAGCAGUCCAUCAUCGUGACGUUUAACAACAGAACGUAGUUCCGGGCGUGCGACGGGAGCGAGGCUAUAAAUAGGGGCGAGCGGCGGCCGAUGGCAAUGAGCUGUGACCGCUGGCGGCUGAAGGAGGGUUCGCCGAGGCCGGAGGGACGGAGCAGCCCAGCACCCACGGCCCGCACCACGCCCACACGUCUCAGUCUAGGCCGGCAGCCGAGAACAAACAUCAUUGCAAACCUGAGAAGCAUAACUUCAGUCCUAACCAACACUAUAAGAUACCAAGCUACUCUGAAGAGACCUAAACACUAUCUGACAGGAGUUAAUAUUUCUUUAGGUUUGCAACACAGUUUGCAGCUCAUUCUGGUUUUUGUGUAGCUAUGCAGCUAGAAAUCCAAGUAGCGCUCAACUUUAUUAUCUCAUACUUGUACAACAAACUCCCGCGGAGACGAGUCAACAUUUUUGGUGAGGAGCUGGAACGGCUGUUGAAGAAGAAAUACGAAGGGCACUGGUACCCGGACAAGCCGUACAGAGGGUCUGGAUAUAGGUGCGUGCACAUAGGGGAGUCCAUUGACCCUGUGAUUGAGCGUGCUGCCAAAGAAAGUGGACUCGAGAUGAAGGAUGUUUGUGAGAACCUGCCUCAGGAUUUGAGUGUGUGGAUAGAUCCUUUUGAAGUGUCCUAUCAGAUUGGAGAGAAGGGGCCUGUCAAGGUGCUGUAUGUGGACGAUAAUAAUGACCUGGAUAAAGAAAUCAAAAACAGCUUCAACCCUGAGGCCCAGGUCUUUAUGCCCAUUUGUGACCCAGCAGGGGGUUCGCCUGUGUCCAGCUCCCCCUCUCCUCCCUUUGGUCAAUCUGCUGCUGUGAGUCCCACUUUUAUAUCUCGCUCUGCACAGCCUUUAACCUUCACCACUGCCACAUUCGCUGCUACGAAAUUUGGCUCAACCAAAAUGAAGAGUAGCGGCCGCAACAGCAAGGUCGCUCGGGCCUCCCCCACCAGCCUUGGCUUGAAUGUGAAUAGCCUGCUGAAGCAGAAAGGCCUGUCAACAUCCAUGCACUCUCUCUAUGGGCUUGGCGUGGGUGUGGGCAGCCAACAGCAACAGCAGAAGACUUCAGCCCUCUCCCCUAAUGCCAAGGAGUUUAUUUUCCCUGGCAUCCAGGGGCAGGGUGGUAGCGGUGCAAUAUUCCCAGGGGACAGCCCACUGAACAUCAGUCCUCUCCAGUAUGGGAAUGCCUUUGACAUGCUUGCCUACGGGGGCCUCAGUGAAAAAUCCUUUAUGGAAGGGCUGAGUUUCAGCCUCGGUAACAUGCAGUAUUCUAACCAACAGUUCCAGCCUGUCAUGGCUAAUUAGAGAUGGUGGGGGGGGGGGGUCUCUAAAAUUAUA